AUGUUUAAUGAUCCUGGUUUUUGUAAUACAAACAUGAAGAUGGUGCAAGUUUCGGUGGAUCUGAACGACCCUCGCAACAAAAAUCCCAAACCUCAAUUGGAGGACGGUGAGUUCAUCGAGACAUUCACUGUUCCAUUAGCCGAGUUACCAGAACAAUUGGAAAACCUUUCGAAACAAGGAUAUAUUUUAGAUGCCAGGAUUCAAAAUGUAGCUGACGGAAUUGCACUGGCUCGCGAACACCUGCUUUAA